CCUUCCCCGUUUCAAUUCGCUUCACUCCCCGCAGUCCCCACUCGCCACUCCCUCCUCGCACCCCAAAGCUCUCUCUUCUCUCUCUCCCUCCCUCUUCCGGGGCUUCCUCCUUUCCGUGCGCCAUGGCCUCCUGCUAGCUCCCCUCGCAACGCCUCCCAGAUCCCGGACGCAGCGCGCCACCCCCCGCGACGGCCGGCGCGCGACAUGGGAGGGUGCCACGCGAAGCCGCUCACACACGACGCGGACGGCUCGCCGCCGCACGCGGCGCCGGCGACCCCGCCACCGGGCAACGCCACGCCCGCCACCCCCGCCACCGGGAAGAAACACUGGGCGGUGUCCCCGUUCUUCCCGUUCUCCACACCGAGCCCGAGCCCCGCGCACCACCUCUUCGGCGGCACCGCGGCGUCGCCGCGCAAGUCCCCCGCUCCCGCGGGCUCCGCGCCCACCACCCCGGCCAGGCGGCUCCUCAGGCUGCCCUUCCCGCCGCCCUCGCCCGCCAAGCACAUCAGGGCGGCGCUCGCGAGGCGGCACGGCCCGUCGCGGCCGUCCAUCCCCGAGGAAGGCGGCGGCGAGGGGGAGGGCGGCGGUGGAGGCAGGGGCCUCGACAAGGGGUUUGGGUUCAACAAGGGGUUCGCGGCCAAGUAUGACUUGGGGGAUGAGGUCGGACGGGGACACUUCGGCUACACCUGCGCCGCCACGGUUAAGAAGGGCGCGCGCAAAGGGGAGUCCGUCGCCAUCAAGGUCAUCCCCAAAGCAAAGAUGACUACAUCCAUUGCGAUAGAGGAUGUCCGAAGGGAGGUUAAAAUCUUGAAAGCGUUGGCAGGAAACAAAAACUUGGUCCAAUUUUAUGAUGCCUAUGAAGACAACGACAAUGUAUAUAUAGUAAUGGAGUUGUGUGAAGGUGGAGAGCUACUUGACAGAAUACUUUCUAGAGGUGGGAAGUACUCUGAGGAUGAUGCAAAAGCUGUCCUAGUGCAAAUAUUAAAUGUCGUUGCUUUUUGCCACAUUCAAGGAGUGGUUCAUCGAGAUCUCAAACCAGAGAAUUUUCUUUUUACAUCAAAAGAAGAGAACUCCAAUCUUAAGGCCAUUGACUUUGGUUUAUCAGACUUUGUAAAACCAGAUGAGAGGUUGAAUGACAUUGUUGGAAGUGCUUAUUAUGUUGCUCCAGAAGUUCUGCAUAGAUGCUAUAGCACAGAAGCUGAUGUCUGGAGUAUAGGUGUAAUUGCAUAUAUCCUUCUUUGUGGCAGUCGUCCAUUUUGGGCACGCACUGAAUCUGGCAUAUUCCGUUCGGUUCUCAAAGCUGACCCCAGCUACAAUGAGGCACCAUGGCCUUCUCUCACUCCAGAAGCAAUGGAUUUUGUUAAGCGAUUGCUGUGCAAGGAUCCACGUAGAAGGAUGACUGCAGCUCAGGCUUUAAGCCAUCCGUGGAUCAGAAAUUAUAAUGACAUCAAACUGCCAUUGGACAUCCUUAUAUUCCGACUUAUCAAAUCUUAUAUUCGUUCCUCAUCUUUACGGAAAGCCGCUUUGAGGGCUCUAUCAAAGACCUUAACAGUUGACGAGCUUUUCUAUCUGAAAGCACAGUUUUCUUUAUUGGAACCAGACAGAAAUGGAUGCAUCACUCUUGACAAUAUCAGAAUGGCCUUAACAAGAGAAGCUACUGAUGCAAUGAAGGAAUCGCGAGUUCAAGAGAUUCUUGUUUCGUUGAGCGCCCUUCAGUACAGAAGAAUGGACUUCCAAGAGUUCUGUGCAGCAGCAGUUAGUGUGCAUCAACUUGAAGCAUUGGAUAGAUGGGAGCAACAUGCGCGAUCUGCUUAUGAACAUUUUGAGAAGGAAGGCAACCGAGCUAUUGUAAUAGAUGAAUUAGCUUCUGAAUUGGGCCUCAGCCCUUCAGUGCCACUGCAUGUCGUUCUGCAAGAUUGGAUCAGGCAUACGGAUGGGAAAUUGAGCUUUCUCGGUUUUGUCAAGUUGUUGCAUGGCAUGUCCAGCAGGUCCCUGUCAAAGAUGAGAUAGCUGUUGAUAAUCCCUGACGACAGCGCGUGUUUACACUGCCCUUGCCCCUGUCGACUUGGUUCACAGGCAAAUUAACAGGGCUAAAGAACCGUCGAUUGGAGCUUGCAUAUCUAGGGCGUACGAGUUCUAGCAGCACCUGAUCUGUCACUAAUUUGAGUAUAGAGUUAUGUUUGUUGCCUGCCUACUGAUCAUUUAGCUGAUAGGAGAAAGGAAAAUCUCACCCAUGUCUGCAACAUGUGAUGUUUCUAACAGUCUUAGAUUAGCGUCAUCUUCUGUUGUGAUUUUGGGAACUUUGUAAUGCUUCUUUCCUGGAACUGGAGCAAGUUAGCUGCAGUCAUAAGGUUGGCGUUUGGAGCAUGGACAUAUCACUUACUGUCAUUGUCACUAUGUCAUUGUACCUAUAGAUGAAAGUGCGUGAUCGUUAUGUGGUACGUCAGGUUCUCUUCGUGUAUAUAUUGAUGAGAUGGAACUGUGCCAUUUUUUUAUUCUCAGAAUAUUAUCAUGUCAA